AUGGAUUUCGAAGCUGACCACAACUCACUGAAUCAUCUGUACUACGUGCAUCAGCGUCCGUAUUCGAUUCGCCGUAUCAGCAAGAAGAACGGUGGUACUGGUCGAGUAAUCCGCGAGUUUGCCGGCGAGGAGAGGAGCAUUUUCAGUCUGAAAGGUGCGACUAGUUGUUGUGGCAUGCCUUACCAAGAUCGACAAUUUCAGCCUGUACCCACUCGAAUCAGCCGAUUCCCUGAAGACUCACAAGACCACCCAUGCCACGCGUCGCAAUGCGCACAGUUAUGCUUCGCUGUACCGAACAACUCGUCCGCGAACGACGCACCGAAACUCGUCGCUCAAUGUGCAUGUCGACAAGGAUUUAAAAUCAACCCAGAAACUGGAAACACAUGCCAGAAGGACAACUCAGAGCAGCCAGAACCGCUCUGCACCUCCAAUGCGACUCAAUUCCAAAUAGAGUGCCCAGAGAACACGAUCCGCUGCAAGAACACCAAAAAAUGCAUCCCGUCACAGUAUGGCUGUGAUGGAGACAACGACUGUGGCGAUUACUCGGAUGAAGAUGCGCAGUACUGUAAAGACGGCCAGAAACCGGUGUGUUCUGCGAAGAAAUUCCAAUGCGACAAUCACAGAUGCAUCCCGGAACAGUGGAAAUGCGAUUCGGACAACGAUUGUGGCGAUGGAUCCGAUGAAAAGCUCGAGUUCUGCGCAAAUGCCACAUGUGCUGUCAACCAGUUUUCUUGCGCCAACGGACGAUGCAUUCCGAUCUAUUGGCUCUGUGAUGGCGACAAUGACUGCUACGAUGGAACCGAUGAGGAUAAAGAACGUUGCCCACCGACACAGUGCCGCAGCGAUCAGUUCAGGUGUGCCAACGGACGACAGUGCAUUUCCCUGCGAAACCACUGUGAUGGGCAGAAUGACUGUGAAGAUGGCUCUGAUGAGGACAGUUGCCUGAAUCCGCAAAACACCUGCACCUCGGAGCAGUUCGAGUGUCAAUCGAGCGGUCUUUGUAUUCCUGCUGCAUGGAAAUGUGAUGGACAAAAGGACUGCGAUGACGGAUCUGAUGAGCCGGCAUACGGUUGCACAGCAAGCACAUGUAAAGACGAUCAUUUCAAGUGUGCUAAUGGACGCUGUAUCCUCAAUUCAUGGCUCUGCGAUGGUGAAAAUGACUGCGGUGACGGCUCGGAUGAGUCGGCUAUCAACGGCUGUAAGAAGUCAGAGAUCACCAGACGUUGUCCAUUUGAGCAGCAGGAUCUCCAUAUAAAUAUUCAGAAUUUUAAUGCCGCUACCAUGGAGGGAUCACCGGACGUUUGCAUACCACUCACGGAGCUGUGCGACGGUAAAGAACAAUGCCCCGGUGGUACUGACGAGGGUGGCAGAUGCGCUCGUGAUCUUUGCUCUGCUGAUCGAGCCGAUUGUGCUUUCAAAUGCCAUAACAGUCCCAACGGACCGCUCUGCAGUUGUCCUUUCGGAGAACAGUUGGUGAACAAGACGAAAUGUGAGCCGGAGAACGAAUGCCUCGACUCAAGCUCAUGUUCGCAAAAGUGCACCGAUGAGAAGCAUGGCUUCACCUGCAGACAAGAGAACAUGCAAGGUUACCGACGGUGCCAAGGACAUGCGCGUCUACAUCUCAAACCGGAA